UCUACGCAUGCAAAUGCUCUGAAUGUAUUUUGGAGCGCAUACCAAGGAGAGUCUGCUAAGAGUAUAUAGCUCCCUCUCAUGUCCGGUGGGUGAGUGACAGCGAAAGGCAGGCAGAGGGUGUUUCUCCAUUGCAUCUGGGCCAGGGACAGCUGACUGGUUGGGAUCUAAUUGCUCUCAAGUGAGGUCAGCAGGAGGCAUUUAUCUAAGCAGAGUGCACAGCAACAGUGGAAGAUGCACAGAGUCAGCCUGCCAGAAUCAGGGAGACGUCCAUGGGAAUUGACGGAAGCUACCAGCUCUUGCUUGGCUUUACUGCAUUACUGGGAUACAACUGAGACUACAGCUUUUAGAACUGCACAGUCUUCACAUUAAAACUCUCUCUGAAAGGCAACACAUCUCUGACAACUCCUGGCAUCACCCAGAGCGCAUUGACGUCCUGCAUAACAUUUCCUGAACUGGAUUAUGUCGUCCCUUGUCGGACUAUGGUCUCAAGAGGAUGGAGCAGCCAACGGAGACCGUCACUGAGGACUAAAGAGAGACAUCCUCUCCUAAUAUAAUCACAGGUCUUCAGACCGCUCUACACCUUCAGCCAACCCCACCCAGCUUCACAAAGUCUCCUCCACAACCACCCACCCGCUCAACGUCCCACUAGGAAUACCUGCUGCGAGAACAGGGACCCGCAGGUCAACUCCCAAGUGUUACAAGUCAGGGAUCAGGGGUCGCUGGGCUGAGGGAGAGCGCACGAAUCUCACAUUUAAGUAUGUUGUUCAUUGAUCCCCACUGCAUUGUAUUAUAAUGCACACAUGGAUGCUGACAUGGAACCUUCAAAAUCUGUUCUCGGGACUGUACCUCCAUGCCAUCUUCUUGUUCAGCAGCGUGUGUGUGGUCUACAGUGACUGCACUCCAGAGCAACUCGCCGCCAUCAUGAACUGCUCCAAACACGAGCGUCACACCAGGAACUACGACUAUAUGGAGGGAGGAGAUGUGCGCAUCCGACAGCUGUUCAGCCGCACGCAGUGGUUCCUAACAAUUGAUGACUUUGGCAACAUCAACGGGACUCAAGAUCCCACCAACUGCUACAGUAUCCUGGAGAUCAGGACAGUGUCCGAGGGGGGCGUACUGGCCAUCAAGGGCGUGAAGAGCCAGUAUUAUAUCUCGAUGACGAAGGCCGGACAGCUGCAAGGCAAGAGGAUCUACAAUGCAAACUGCAACUUCAAGGAGGUUUUCCUAGAAAACUAUUUCAACGCUUACUCCUCUGCCAGGUGGACUAAAAAUGGCAAAGAAAUGUUCAUAGCUCUGUCUCAGAAGGGCCGGCCAAUGCGAGGGAAGAAGACCAGGAGGGAGCAUAUAGCGUCUCACUUCAUCCCUAUGAAGUGCAGGGAGGAGGAGAGGAGGGUGGACUGAAACCACAGAGGACUAAUGAGUCACCAGUUGUGUAUGAUUUCAAUCACAUAUUAUAUAUGUUAACAGACACUCAACUCAUUACCAACAUCCCGCUCCACUCCAUUAGUUCUGUAAUAUUCCAUAACAUGUUGUCAUUUACGUACGAUACAGCAACAGAUAUCAGAUGGGCGCAUUAAACCAUUCCAAACAUCCUCAAAUAAGAUGUGGAAACAAGGAAAUAGCUGGUACACAAACGUACAAACCACUAAAGUCUAGUCAGAGUUAUUGUUGUUUCGAGUUGAAUAUUAUAUUUCCUUAUAAAACAGUUAAGUGUUUUCUUAUAAACCAGUCAAAUGUAUUACGCACAGUCGAGACUGUAUCCUUGUGCAGACCUUUACGAUCAAACCGAGAGGGUCCAGAAUGGAGAUUUGGCUUGACCAAGAUGUGCUGAAGCAAGCUGGACUUGUCUUUUCUUUUCUUUCAUUUUUUUUUACUGGCACAGGUGCUCAGAGCACAUAAAUCAGAGGCACGAUAAACUACCAUAGCAUGUUUAGUUAAAUUACAAUACGUAGGACAACCUGUUUGUAAUCCGUCUUUCCUUCCUGCGUUGAAGAUCCGGCGCUGGUCGAAUGCAUUGUAGCUGCUCACUGAUUCCCUCUUUAUUAUCAAGGUGUGAUUUUGAACUGCUAAAAGAUUCUGCUGCUGUUGAAAUAUCUACAUUAAAAUACAAAGUGAACAAUGUAAUCAAUGUGUACGCUAUGCAAUCUCUUUCCAUCAGAGUUAAUAACGCCAUACACCAAAAGAUCACAUAUUUCUCUCUAGUUUACGUUCAUAUUUUCCACACCUAAUCAAAUGCUCAUUUCCAUUUAAAAGACCGACUCUCUCCGCAUGAUGUCAAUACUUGUUCUCCAUACACACAUUACAGCACCUUAACAUUCAUUAUUUGUAAACGAAAAAAUAGAUUUAUAUGUUAAAGUUUCCUUUUUCCUUGUGCAUUGUUCUACCUUGGAUUUUAAAGAAUUAUAUUCUAUUGGUGAACAGGUAAAACAACCUCCUUUACACAUCCAGUAAAAAGAGAGAAACACAGACAUAUUUUUUUCCAUAAUUUUUUUUCCAAUCAUCACAGUGUUUCCUUUUUUGGUCUGACAGUUUUUGAGAACAAUCAACGUUCUAACGUCAGCUAUAAUUUAUCACCAGACACGUCUGCGAGCAUUGUUGCUUUUUAGUGGAUUUGGCAGCACAAGCAACAAUUUUACAUUCUAGGAAGACAUUUGCUUCAAUGUGUAUGUGAAAAAUAUUGCUUCGUGCUACUUUGGGAAGAAACUCUGUUUUUAUUCUGCCACGUAUGAGACAAUGAAGCUGAGCGGCGAGCUCUGGAGUGGGAUGAAGAGAGAAUUGUAUUCUGCUGCCACACUGUGAUCAAAAUUCAACACACCCUCAAUUAUUCAAUAAAUUCAAUUUACAAAUA